AGAGAGACAGCCAGACGGAGAGAGUGAGGCGGGCUCCCACCUGGGACCGGUCGCCGGCCCGAAGAGAAAACGUGCGGCGGCUCUUCGCGCCAGUUCUACGUCGGACGCGGCGGAGGACACAACGGCGCGGAGGCCCGAAGAACGCGAGCGGGGAUAAGACUUCCGCGCGCGCCGCCACCACCUCUGUACUCUCCGCGGCGCGCGUAACGAUGUGAGCGAUGGUGUCGUCGGGUCUCGUAGCGGCGGUGCGCGAUCCCGCGAGGCUCUGGGCCGCCGAAGACACCCGGGGGUCGCCGCAGUGACCGGGGAGGGACACCUCGGGCGUGUGGUCGUCGACGGGGACGAGCCGGAUUCUUGGCGCGAGGUCCUCCGGGGCUCCGGAGAGUCACCUCGCCGCUGAAGCGCGUCUGUGGCCGGGGAGAGACCUCGGGCCUCGACGGGGACCGGGAGAGAUCGUGGCCCCACGACGAGGACGCGAGGUCCUGGGUGCCGGCGACACGGCCGUCACGUGACCGCGCGAAGAUGCGUCGAGCCCGCGCUUCUUCAGCAGUCCUCAACUUCGCCCUCGUGUCGGUGUGUGUGACGGCCGCGUGGUGCUCGCCCUGGGCCACGCCCGCCCAGGAGGCUCUCGACGAACUGCACGACGCCGAGAUCCUGCGGGCAGUCGUCACCUCCAUGGCCGAGUACAACCAGCGCCGCGCCUCCCACAGGCACAAGCGCGCUGAAUCGUCGGUGUGCUACGAUGACGUGGGGUGCUUCCAGGCGUCGGGACCGUUCAGCUACCUGGACAUGCUGCCGUCGUCGCCCGCCGAAGUGGGCACGCGCUUCCUGGUGUACUCGGGGCGCGCCCGCAGCGCGGCGCCACUUGUCGACCUGCCCGCCACCAACCUGACCGGCGUGUGGGCCUGGGCCGCCGGCUCCUUCAACGGCUCCGCGCCCACCAAGGUCAUAGUGCACGGCUUCGGCAGCUCCUGCUCUCACGUCUGGGUCUACGAGAUGCGCUCGGCACUCAUGGCUGUGGAGGACUGCAACGUGAUCUGCGUGGACUGGGAGGGCGGCGCCGCCGUGCCCAACUACGUGCGCGCCGCGGCCAACACGCGGCUGGUGGGCAAGCAGGUGUCCUUGCUGCUGCAGGGGCUGCAGAGGCACGCCGGCCUGUCGCUGCAGCGCGUGCACCUGGUCGGCUUCAGCCUGGGCGCGCACGCCGCGGGCUUCGCCGGCUCCCAGCUGCGCCGCAUCAGCCGCAUCACCGGUCUGGACCCGGCCGGGCCCUUGUUCGAGAGCCAGGACCCGCGGGUGCGCCUCGACUCGUCGGACGCGCAGUUCGUCGACGUGAUCCACUCCAACGGCGAGAACCUCAUCCUGGGCGGCCUGGGCUCGUGGCAGCCCAUGGGGCACGCCGACUUCUACCCCAACGGCGGCCGCAUGCAGAAGGGCUGCAGCAACCUGUUCGUCGGCGCCGUCACCGACAUCAUCUGGUCGGCCUCCGAGGUGGAGGGCCGCAGCCUGUGCAACCACCGGCGGGCCUACAAGUUCUUCACCGACUCCGUGUCGCCGCGCUGCCACUUCCCCUCGUUCCCCUGCGAGUCGUACGACCACUUCCUGGCGGGCGAGUGCUUCCCCUGCAGCUCGAGCAGGAAGUGCGGCAACAUGGGCUACUACGCCGACCGCUCCCAGGGCAGGGGCACCCUGUUCCUCAUCACCAGGGAGGAGGAGCCGUUCUGCGCUCACCAGUACCACCUGAGACUGGAACACGCCCCCAGCGAGGUCCCUGUGGUCAGCUACGGCCGCCUGCAGAUCACGUUGAUCGGCAGCAACGACAUUAACGAGACUUUCGUUCUGACAGCGAAGGACGACGAGGAGCUGAAGUCUGGCGGCUCCAUCAUGCGCAUGCUGGUGCCUCACCCGAUCCUGCAGGAGCCGACCAGCCUGGCGAUCCUGUACACGGCCUACAGCGGCUGGAUCUCCAGCGGGCUGCCCGCCUGGGUCGUCAACAAGCUCUCCCUCACCGACAGCUUCGGCAAGAGCUUGUCGGUGUGCAGGAAAGCCUUGGUACUGGAGUCAGGAGUUCCUAUUGUCCUAAGACUUUACCCUGGAGAGUGCCAUCCUCCGCCUGUCGUGGAGAGUGGUGACAAGGAUAGUUCGACUACUACUCAAACUCCCAGCUCGACCGACGACAGCCACCAGAUAAUCCGGGACCAGUUCCCCGACUUCAGCCGGCAGAUGAACGCGAGCAGCAGGUACCGCCCCACGCUGGUGGAGCGCGUGGGCGACGAGCCGGCGGCGGCGGCGGGCAACAGCAGCGCCGCGGGGGCCGCCGCCGCCGCAGACCUGGUGCUGCUGGGCAUGGCGGGGCCCUUGGCCUCGGAGCUGCUGGGCGGCCUGCCCUGGCAGCCGCUGGACCGCACCACCUCCAACAGGCUGGACGACGGGAACGGCACGGACCCGGAGGUGCCGGGCUCUGCGCACGAGAGCAGGGGCCUCGCCGAGCCGCCGCCGGGCCGGCGGGCGACCACGGUGAAGUACUCCAACGUGAGGACGAGACACGCGGACGGGUGGAGCCCCGACGGCGGCGAGGGACAGACGAGGCCUCCGCGGGAGGAGGAGGAAGCGUUGAGACUCCUGCUGAACGCGACACUGGACGACGAGGAGAGGAGGAAGUCGCCGGACCAGCGCCAGGACGGGGCCGACGAGGCGCCGCGCUCGACGGUCGUGCAGUUCUUCUCGCACCGGCUGGCGUCGAUGCUGGCGCAGGCCGAGCGCUACGCGCGCACCGCCUUCGUCGACGCGCCCUCAGGUAAAUACGUGGACACGGGCCGGUCGCAGAGGAAGGCGAAGCUCAUGACGACGACGACGGCCCGCCCGGUGCUGGACAUAGACGCGCGGGCCGCGGAGGCCGCCGAACCACGCGAGCGGCGCAAACAACGGACGGACAGAGUUGACGACGACGACGACGACGACGACGGGCUAGAGGUUCUCGUGCCGUACUCCUACCUCGGCGGGCACAGAUAUCCCGGACCUAGGUACCGCUACAUCCCCCUGGGUCCCCCGGGAGACGACCGCGACGAGCGUAGGAGGCCGCGAGCUGGAAAUGACGUGGCACACUUUACGAACGUGAAGCCGAAACAGACAACGAAAAAACCCGUCUACAUUGUUGAGGUGUUCAGGAAUAUCUCAGAAGACAAAUUCAUUCGAGGAAACUAUUUCAAUAUUUUUCAGCACGUACAUCCCUGAAUACCUGACGUAUAAGUGAUUAGUACACAUUUCUGGAAGUUUAGCACGUAAAAUUACCUUCAACAAUUAUUUUUUAAUAGUCUGAAUGAUAUUUGUUCGUUGACAGUGUUAACAUUAGCCAGAUGAAAGUUUAAAUACUUGAUAUUACUAUUUUUUUUAAAUAUCGGACAUGCAUUCCAAAUAAUCUCUAUGACAAAUCAAAUCUGUAGAUCUAAGUUGCUAUGCUAUGUUGCUAUGCAGUGAUAUAAUUAAGACUUAAUUAGUAAUAAGUGAUAUUAAUAUAUAGGUUUUAAAUCAAGACUGUUUGAUUAGUGUUUCUUUUGAACAUCCAGCUAUAUUACAUAAGGGAAAUGCAAGAAUGCAAUGCAAUUCAAACAGUGUUAGAUUUAACCCACAAUCACUGUUGAAUAAAUAUAUUUUUGAACGAACUAGGCCGUUCGAGUCUAGCUGCUUUAAAAGUAUACCUCUUUAUAUGAUUAUUUCAAGAUAUAAUACAUCUCCUUAUGCAAUUUAGAUUUGGACUUUAGAACUUUAAAAUAUAAUAGUAAUAUAUAUAUAUAUAAUUCUAUAUAAAAUAUUGAGAAAAGGAAAAAGAAACCCUGAAUAUAUUUUAGUUUGAAACCAAACAUUUUUUACGAUGGGCUAAUAAAGUGAUAUAGUAUUUAAAAUUGCUGUAAUUUGUUGAAACUCAUAGUGCCAUGCGAUUGUGUAGCAAAAUCGAACUCAAAACACACAGGUCUACAAAAAAUACAAGGAAAAUGACUGGCACUUGAAUUUACGGUACAAUAAUACAAUGCCACGAGUUUUAUACAUUGAACUAUUGUAAUAAUGAACGUAAAGAAAAAAAGAAUAACACAAUGACUUAAUUCUAAAAUAGGUGAUCUAUAAUAGGCAAUACAACGGAGGCUGAACAUUUUUGGUAACAUAGAUUCAACUUAUAGAUGCCUACACAAUUGCAUGGUGCUAUUCUGAAUUCAUGGAGAACAAGGAAUUCUGUAAUUAUCUUCUCUGUGCUAAGGGUGAUUGACCUGAUCACGCGAGAGAAAUAACUACCCAAAUAUGCACUUGACUUCCUCGGUUAGCAAAAGGCGUGAUUAUAUAUGGGAUUUAUUUUACAAGAUGAUUAAUAAAUUAAUUAAUUUUAAAAUUGGUGGGAAAUGCUACGCAGAGUGACCGCCACAUCGGCCGAGGGCCUACAGUAUGUGGUAAAACAUACCACAUACUGUAGGCGCAUCGUGAGGUAAUUCGAGGCGAUGGCUUCAUUAGAGCGAAACAGGAUAACGAAAAAUGCAACGCGAAUUUAUGUAUCAUAUUUUUAGCUAUCUAAUUACUUGCAAAACCCCAAUGGCAGUGACACAAGUGUUGUAUCGUUACUUUGUGGUUUUACUUUUACUAUACAGAGUGAGCCUGAAUUAAACCGACUACCUUUGGUUGCAUGUUGAAAACCCACACAUAUAUACAUAUUAUGGUCUAAAUAGAUUCCAAGGCUCGUAUAUGUCUUUGAAGCUGGAUCCGAACAAUAUUUUUAUAAUAAAUAAUAGAGAAAGUAUUUGGGAUUGACCAAUGAGCGUCUGGGUGAUGUUUUAUAGAAUGUAGUUCUACAACCACCACAAAAUUUUGCCGCAGUCGCAAAAUUAUUUCAUUGAAGUAAUUGGGGGUGGUAACACGUCACAAAAAAAAAUGGAAACUAGAGUUGUUAAAGACGUAUACAAGCUUUGGGAAAUACUGUAGGCCACAAGUCGCAUGGUUUUUUAAACUUAUUUUGCCGUGAUGAAACUGCAGCCAAAGUUUGUCGGCCGAAUUCACUCAUCCUGAAUAUGUCAAUCUACACCGUAUUAUACCUCAAUUUUUUUUAGUUAAAUUAAUUUUUCGUAAACCGUGAAAUAAGAUCUCAUCGAUUGCCGUUUGUUACGUUUAUGUGCAUGGAAGCGGCAGACCUUCAGUGAAACGUAAAUAUCGUGCAGGGCCGUGAGCCGUUUCCGUUUUUACGUCUCCGUUGUCAUUGUAGAACGGGACUUCGAGCUGGUUCAUUUGGCCAGAAGGGACACAGUAGUACGUCGCCUGCUGCCAGCUAAAGUCGUUCGGUUAGUCACGGCUCGACUGCAACUGCACUGUCCUGAACUUUGUCCGACGGACACUGAUCACCGACUGGGCCACGCGACCCUCUGACGUCAUGGGUGGUUGUGGACGAUGUUCCGAAUCUCCCUGGUCCGAACACAUUGGUCAACUUGAAAUGUUUGUCCCAAUCUGUGUCCUUCUUGUAACAUAGACGAAUGAACACUCGAGAUAUUUGUUGUUUCCGGUUCCCGUUUCAAAAGGUAAACAGAAAAUAACGGCAAUUUAUUAGGGUUUAAUUUUUCCUUACAGAAUAAAUAAAUAUUAUUGACCUCACACAAAUUUCACAAGUUAACUAAAUAUUCAAAACCUAGCUGCGGCCAUGUAUGUCCGACACAUUUUGCUGCCAGCCUGGGCAUGUCAAUCAUUGGCUAGUCCAAUGUUGCUUACUUUCACCGCAGGACGUGGUCAGGCACAUGGUCAGACACCUAUUAAUCAACAGUGAGUCUACUCACUUAAUAAUUAAAAAUAAGCGCAUAUUAUUAGAGGUAAUAGGUAAAUUUUGUAGCCGAAGCUACGCGGAUACGCACUCCAAUGUAUUCAGAGCGAUAUUAUUCAAUGUGCAAAUAUUUUCUCGCCGGUGCGCAACGGACACGUGAACGAUGUAGAUACACGAUGCUGCUACCUACAGAAAGAGCCAGCUGCUGUAGUUCUGCUUUUACAAGAAAUAUAGCGCUAGCCACAUAUCGAAAACUUAGUUCAACAGCGUGUGAAGAGAUCAAUACACGAUGAAAAUUAUUCAUGUUAUUUAUAUUUCUAUGAACAACAUAAAUAUUAACUUACUAACCAACAAAUAACUGUCGUGUUUUAACGAUGUUAUGAUGAAUCCGUUAAUUUUAACGUACCUAACGGGUUUUUGAUAUGGCGAUCAGUGAGGCUUGUAUAAGGGCCUGCUUCCUUCGCGCAGUCGCUCUGUCUGACGCGUCGGAGCUGAUGGCGAGAUGCGGAGUGGCAUUUGGUUGGCUCGCGUGACCUUGACGUAAGGAGUUGACGGUGCAGUCGCGAGGAGCGGAUCUGUCUGACCGGAGCCGGCGAACUUGAACUCCCAAGGUCAGAGAGGACAGACAGCACAAUCUGCAUCUGACUCCGUGAGAAGCAUGAUGGAGUAUAAACAAACUGUAAAAGAACGCGAAAAUAAUUAUUUCAAAUGAGGCAUUUUAAUUAUAAGUUUAUAUAAUUUUGUAUUGGGCACCAUUUGGUUUAAAUUGUUUUCCAUUUAGUUUCUCUGAAACGGAAAACGAAUAACCCGAAAAAGUAAAAAAAUUUUUUUAACAGGUUUGGUCCAUAUAUAUAUAUAUUAAACCCUUAGUACGAUUUUUAAAAAUUAUUGAAACUCCCUAUGUAAAGCUAAAGCUCUCUUGUAAAUCCAAAGAUAUAUAUAUAGCAAACUACCGUGUAGAUCGUGUGAACCAGAUAAAUUAGGCUAUGAAUUUGGUACGUUGCUACAGAAAAUUCAUCAGACAUCAUGGUUUGGCUACACUGCCAGGCGACUGCGCGAAUUUGGAAGGACCUUUAUUUCUGUCGUUGAUCUGGAUGAAAAUACAAAUGGCCAAACUUAAAAUAUAAAUAGCUUUCUGUCGUUGUUAGUUCUACCAACCAUUUCCUACCUUGUAAACUACAUUAUAUAUCUGAAUGUUAUAACUUCGUGAUCGUCAAUAUUACAGAAUAUUUGACAGUCAUAAAGUAAAAGGAAAUACUAGUAAAUAGGUAAAAACAUUAAAUAAUGCAAAGCAAUACCAUUUAUAAUAAUACAAUUAAAUUAUUUUUUAUAGUUUUUCGAAUUAUAGUUUUGCGCAAGUGUGUUUAUUUUGUAGUUCAGAAUAUAGUUGAAUACAUUUUUCAUGCCUAAAAGUGCAAUUAUAGCAUUUUCACAUAGUUCGUCUGUGCUGUUUUCGGAAAAGAUUUAACAAAUAUAAGAAUUGAUGUUGGUAUAAGUAUAAUAUGGCUGACCAAGUUUCGCCUAGGAGCUUCAAAUUAAAUUUCUAUAUGAAUUAUUUUACUACAUUUAAAAUGAAAUAGAAAUUGUUUUCUUUAAUUGAAGUGAAUAAAUAGUUCUGACAAAAUUUAUUCAAGUGAAGAUAAACCGACACCGUAAAUUGUUAUUCAGUUCAUUCUUCUGAAACCCAAAUCUAAGCGAAGGUGAAAUUAUUUCACUUUAAAACAGAGUUGACAUUAAAAAUUCGUUACGCGUAGAGAAACGUAUGCUUUUGCAUGAAUAAUUAAAUUUACUGACGAUUCUAAUGUUUUCAUUUAAAAAUAAAAGAAAGAAGAACAAAAUAAAAGGUUUAGCAGUGAUUCUUUCAUGUUUUGGAGUUGAAGGUUUAUUUUUAGGCAGCCAUCCAUAAAAGCUUAAAUGUACAGUAUUAUCUAUUUAAGUACCGUAGUACUUUAAACAGUAUGGAAAUUAUGGCGAAAGUAGGGAGUAUGAAAGUGUGUUUCAGUACAAUAGCUGUAUGCUAAUCCUUUUCUAUAUGGGUUAAAUGACAAAACACAUUCACGUUGUACCUACACUUCUAAUAUUUACGUAAUUAUAUAUUAUUUAUUCUUCUACUAGGCACAUGCAUCCAUGACCCACAUAAAUAUAUGUUAUAAUAUUUGUCUACUGUUGCGUUUAUGUAUUUUUUAUAUUCAGAAAUUCAUCUAAUUAGGACCUAGCUAUGUCGAUAUAUCGCCCUCCUAAAAUCAGCUGUUUUGUAAAUUCAAACGACGUCAUUAGAACCUUUCCGUUAAAGACAGUAAGUACAUUCGAGGCGUGUCCGGAAAGUAAGAACCAUUUGGUCAUUAAAAAAAUUAAAAUAAUGAAAAAUAUGUUUUAUUGAAAGUUUUAGUUUACUACAUAUCUAAAUCACAUUUUCACAUAGUCGCCAUUCAGUCCCUUGCACUUUUCGCAUCGCUCUACCAGUUUAUUUAGCCCCUCUGCAUUGAAGCUCGCCGCCUGGAUAUGGAACGGACCCCUGGACCAUAGGCAUCAUGGACUUCGAAUACACAAUGCGUGUAGCCUAAGUACAGGCGCUUAGUAAACUAAACCUCUUUUUUUAUUUUUCUGUCAAUAUAUACACUCAAUAUAUAUAUACUCAAUAAAUAUACUCAAUAUAUAUUUACUAAAUUUUAUAUAAGUGUUUGUGAUUACUAUCAGUUGCAUGAAAUUUACAGAAAUUAUACCAAACUUAGUAAACAUCUGUUGACAAUUUUUGUGAAAGGACAGCAAAUUUGAGAGAGUAAUGGUUUUUUAUUUACAGAAAUAUUCCUUUACUAAUCGUACUGUACAUUCUCGCAAUCAGAAUAUAACAUUAUUUCGUUGUUAGCUUGUUGUAAUACAGCUAUUAAUUACUAUUAAAUUUAAAUAAUUUUAAAACUAAACAAUUUUGAUUUUACGUAAAAUGCCACUGAAAACAACGAUUUCAAAGACAUAACUAACUUUAAAAUAUAAAUAAAACAAUUUAUUUAUUAUAAUACCCGAAUAUUUCUACAGAUUGAGUAUUCGUUUUUAUUUUCAUCAGUAUGAAGUAACUUUAUAAUGUCAUAGCCAGCCGUUCAUAGUUUGUGUACUUUAAAAGUUAAAAGUUUCGUUGACUUAAACAUUUCAGAAAAUAUAAGCUUUAAAAAUCAAGUGUUUUGAAUUAAAAUUUUUUUCACACGAAUUCUUGUUAUAUAAUCUUAUAAAAAAAAUACUGAAAAUAAUUGCAGUUCAGUGAAAUGGGGGACUAGAUUUCACACUAUUCGCAUAAAAAGGAAAUACAUUUAUGACUGAAUGCUUUUUUAGACUCAAAUUUUCAGGAUACUUUAACAAUUUUGUUCCUUUGGAAUUUAGCUAGAUUUGGCAGGCCAUAUAAUAAUAGGUUUUAUUGAUUGCUCAAUGUUUUUAGGUCAUUAAAUUAAAAUAUUUCAUGAAACUUUCUUGUUUCUGUGUAAUAAAAUAAUCAUAGGAAUCUAUAAAUAGCUCAUUAUUAAACUUAUACCAUAAUAUUAGUGAGUUAUUUGAAUUAAAAACUUAUUAAAAGGUAAAAUAUCACAAAAACUCAAAAUAUUACACGCUUUUGUAAUUAAGUUUCAUUUCGGGGAAAAAAUUUGCUUAAUUUAUUUUGUGUUCGCUAUCCUGAAAAGUAGGGCUUUGUGGCAUUUGAAAAAGUUGCUGCUAGUAGAUUUUAGAUAUUAAUAAUAUUAUGAAUUAAUUAUGUCAAAGCUAUAUUUGAGCUUUUUACGCCAAAUUACUACGUUUAUUUUAUUUUUUGAAAUGUUUUGAAAAUAUUUCCACACUUGUUUAAUCUAAGACAUGACAAAAUUAUUAUUACGAGAUGCGAACCAAACAUUAUUUUCGUUAGUGACGAAAGUGUGUGUACAGGUUAUUUUAAGAUUAUAAUGUUCCAAAUAAAUAGUUUGUAUUUAUUUUGUAGCUUUUUAUAUUUAAGUGUCUUUGAAAUUUUUUUAACAAACUAAACAUCUGGUGCAGGUUUAAAGAAUAUAAACAUAAAAAUAAUACAUAAAAAUUCUGUAUUUGUUUAAUUGCUAUUAUUAUAUCAGAAUUGAUUUAAAUGAAUGAAACGCUAAUGCACCUUUUUACUUAUAGCGCUGUGGAACUAUGUGACCAACACACUACGCAGUUAAUAGUGGUUUCCUGACUAUCGAAAUAAUCUGCAGUUGUUGGCGCAUCGAGUCUGUCUAUGCUGAAGUUCAAAGACUUCACCAGUGGCAAGAACAUGAUUGAGUGACUUUCAAAACAGUAAGUGAAAUAAUCAUGAUUCCUUUGAUGAAUGCAUAGAAGCAUAAAUGAUGUAUUGUUCCUAUCAUCAAGAGAGGUAGUUCCGCAUGUUUUUGUGCCUAGUGCGACGUACGAACAAUUCAAAACUCCGGGAACAGUUUAGAAUAAGAGUCUUAAUAAUAGAGGUUUUGUAUCUGAAAUGUACAUGACUGUGUUCACUUGAGUGAAUAAAAAUUGUGCAUGUGUUGUUAUUGUGAAUAUGAAAAAAUUCAAAUCUUAUUUUGAAACUAAACAGAUUAUAUUUUUUUCCAAUGUUAGAUCUAAAAACACUACUGUAAAAUUUGUUAAGAAUAAUUAACAAGUGUGUAUUACAGUGAAUGUUCAGAUUAAUUAUGUGAAUAUCGAUCGUGGUGAUUUACAAUUAUAUUUGACUGUGAAUCUUUAUAGUGAGAAUAUUACAUUAUUUCCGUGAGCUGUAUUAAGUGUCAUAAUAGUAUAAUUAUUUUCCGUAACCAUUCAUUCAUGUUUUUCAUGACACUUGCAAAUUACAUUCAGAUAGACUUUUAUUUAUUUUCUCUCCACCAUUAUGUAUAUAAAAAUGUGUGUUUUAUAUGUAUUUAAGUAGGCUACGUAUGUAUGUACAUAAGUAUGUAUGUGUAUAUUAUGUUCGGUCUUGCUGCCAAUAAUUACACUAUAUUGUUUUUUUUCAAGACAAAGACUUAUAUAAAAAGCAAUUAAAAUAUAUUUUGAGUAUACAUGAUGAACCAUUUACCAAAGCAAA